AUGGCGUUUGUUCCUUUUCUUAGCCGCCUCAAAGCCAUGGUUUCACCCGCGCGCGCCGAACCGCCCUUCCCCGUGGAGCGCCUCCCCGACGACGUUCUCGCGCUCGUCCUCCGCUCGCUCGCGCAGACCUCCUUCCGCCACGCGCUCGUUUCUAAGCGCUGGCUCCGCCUCGCCACGUCCGCGCUCUCCCAUUUUAACAUUGAGAUACAUCAUCCCGAGCACUACCGCAACGCGCAGCUUGCAUGGCUCCCGCUCCCGCGCCUGCUUUCCGCGCUGCGCCGCUUUCCCACCCUCACGCACGUGUCGCUGGGCGAGUUCUCCAUCUUAUUCGCCGACGGUGACGCGCUCUUCCAAUGUCUGGCCGCCACGUGUCCGAGGCUGAGCCAUCUAACCGUGGAGCAUCAGCUUCGCAUGGCGGUUACAGUAGACGGCCUCGCGUCGCUCUUCCGUGGAUGCCGCAAGCUCAGGGAACUCCGGCUGCUCACCACCGCCGGCUUCCCGCAUCUUCCGCCGUCCCUUUCGCUCCUCACAGAUCUCCAAACCCUCCACGUGUGCGCGCAUGCUCAUUCUGGCAAAGACUCGUUACAGGAGCUCGUUUCGCCGCCCGAGAGCAUCGGCGCGCUGCAGCAGCUGCGAGAAUUGCGGGUCAAUGCGGGAGCGUCUUUCCAGGGACUCGGGGAGUGCGUGGGUCUCCUGAAGAACCUCCGCAAGUUGAGUAUCAGUAGUGUGUUCUCAAGAACCGUCACAGAGCUUCCCGACGCGAUCGGCGACUUGGCUCGGCUGGAAACCCUAGAAAUCGAGCUGGACGGGCUCGAGUGCCUUCCGGAAUCCCUCCAACUGCUGACCGGGCUGAAAACCCUUUCCAUCCAAUCAAAGAAUUUACCAUGCCUGCCCGAGAAUGUUAUGGCGGGGCUGACGCAGAUGCAGUCUCUUUCCCUCCACGCCUGCGAUUCCAUCGGGAUUCUCCCAGAGAGCAUCUGCUUCCUCCCUCUCUCCUCCCUCUGCAUCUCCUCCUGCCCCUCCCUCACCUCACUCCCACACCACAUCGGCGCCUUGUCCCACCUGCAAACCCUAAAGCUCCUCUCCCUUGAUAAUAUCCGGGAUCUGCCCGAAAGCCUGGGUAAUCUACCCCGGUUGAAAACGCUCGAGCUGGUCCUGCCCACGCUGCAGCAUCUGCCCGAGAGAUUUCUGGCUGACAAGGCGGUCAUCGGUGCUCUCUGCACUGCUGCACUCUUUGCCGUUAUGGUGCUGAUCUCCCAACCGCUUCUCACCAUGCGAGACCGGAUAGAACCGUCCUCUGCUGCCACGCUCACUGCCACCGGUGCAAGAAGUGGCAGUGCUUUUGUCGUGUCGCUGCUUCUUGUCGUGGUGCUGCUGCUGAUAUCACAUGUGCCCAGUGCGUGGCUCUAUCCAGCCAUGCUGCUCGCUGCUGCUCUGCUGGUGUUCUCACUCCUAUAUGCUGCUGCCUCUGCCCCUUCUGCUGGCCCUGUUUCUGCUCCUAACUUUCCCGCUGCCUCUGCCCCUCCCGCUGCUCCUGCGAGCGGAUCUACCGGUACCCCUGUCUUCGAUUUUGCAGCAAACGGCACAGAACAACACCCAGGCCUAGUUUCCCUCACCAUACUUUAA